UGAUAAGAUGAGUCUUUUAAUAGACCUAUAAUGAAAUCGUUUUUACUCAAGUUUUGUGUCCUUUUGUGAAGUCAAUCAUUUUAUUCCCCUGCAAAUGGAAAAGCCAUAAGUUGCGUGAUGAUAUAGUCUGGAAAUUGAGUUGCUUGCAGGGUUGUACGCUGAACUUUGUAUGGCAAAUAUAGUUGUUACUUCAAUUAACUGUUGCUGGGUUUUCUCUUUUAAUAUUUGGGUCCCUUUAGUUUUUAGAUACAUGUUCUGAUAUUUACGCAUUGUGAUAACGAAAUAGUUUCUUGUCCUUUGAUUUCUGCUACUAUCUGUUGUUUCUUGUAAUUCGAUUAUCUUAUUUAUUUGUGGUAGUUACUGCUCCUUUUUUUUCAGACUGAUUUAUCAUGGCUUAUUCACUUUCGUUAUUUUCAUUUUCAUAUUGUUUUGAAUUGUUUGUCCUUAUAUGACCUUUUUGGUCAUGUUUUCUCUCAAGCCGAGGGUCUUUCGGAGACAUCCUCUCUACCUCCCAAGGUAGGAGUAAGGUCUGCGUACACUAUACCCUCCCCAGACCCACUUUGUGGGGUUUCACUGGAUACGUUGUUGUUGUUGGUCCCUGUCAAAGUUGUUACGCCUGCUCAUUGCAGUUACAUGGAUUGAGCUGUUUUCCCCUUCAAGUACCAUAGUACUUGCUGCAUUUCGGAUUAUCAAUGAGAAUACUCAGGAGAACUGCAAGAUGGAGGUCACCAAGAGCAGCAGUAAUUCCAAGUUUCCACCUCCCAAUGCGCAGUAAUGAAGUUAAAAAUAGGACGUUUGCCGAUGACAUAAAAGCACUUCGAUUGGUUACUGCAAUCAAAACCCCAUAUCUACCGGAUGGCAGAUUCGACCUUGAGGCUUAUGAUGCCUUAGUAAAUUUGCAAAUCGGAAAUGGUGUUGAGGGUGUGAUUGUUGGUGGCACUACAGGUGAAGGUCAAUUGAUGAGCUGGGAUGAACAUAUCAUGCUCAUUGGUCACACAAUCAAUUGUUUUGGGGGAUCAAUCAAAGUCAUCGGGAACACGGGAAGCAACUCCACGAGGGAAGCAAUCCAUGCGACAGAACAGGGAUUUGCUGUAGGUAUGCAUGCAGCUCUUCACAUUAAUCCCUACUAUGGGAAGACCUCCAUAGAGGGUAUGAUUUCUCACUUUGACAGUGUGCUCCCCAUGGGCCCUACUAUCAUUUAUAAUGUGCCAUCACGAACUGGUCAAGACAUUCCCCCACGUGUAAUUCAAACAUUAGCAAAGAGCCCUAACCUUGCCGGUGUCAAAGAGUGUGUUGGAAAUGAUAGAGUGGAGCAGUAUACAAGUAAUGGGAUCGUAGUGUGGAGUGGGAAUGAUGAUGAAUGCCAUGACUCAAGGUGGGAUCAUGGUGCUGCAGGAGUUAUUUCUGUCACUAGCAACUUGGUUCCUGGUCUGAUGCGUGAACUAAUGUUUGGAGGAAAGAACCCUGCUUUGAACUCAAAACUGAUGCCAUUGGUUGAAUGGUUGUUUCAUGAGCCAAACCCAAUUGCUAUAAAUACAGCUUUAGCUCAACUUGGAGUCGUGAGGCCUGUCUUUCGCCUUCCGUAUGUUCCACUUACAAAGCCAAAAAGAGUGGAGUUUGUGAAGAUUGUUGAGGAAAUUGGACGGGAAAACUUUAUAGGGGAUAGAGAUGUCCAAGUUUUGGAUGAUAAUGAUUUUGUUUUGGUUGGUAGGUAUUAGCUUUUUACCAAAUAGUGUUGAGAAGUAAGUUUUUGUUGUUAGCUGCUUAACUUUAAAGUUUCUUGGCAUGAAGAUAUAUUUAUCUAUGUUCUAUUUCAGCAUGUAUCAGUGACAGCUUUAGUAUUCUUGUUGUUUGCUUUCCCUUUGGGGAGGCAUGUACAUCGUAGCUGUUAGUUUAUGGACUGGAUCAUUUUCUUC